AUGAUACGUCAGCUGUGUUAUUGGUCAAAGAAAGCGUACCUAGUUUAUCCUAUUCAAGUCCUUGUAGGCGCGAUAAUAUCAAUAUUAGUGUCUGCAGAGACACUGAAUUAUCAAAAAAAAACAUAUACCCUAUUAAAAUCGUCGAAUCUCCUCAAUAUAAUCUUUGCAUAUAAGGCGAACAAAAUAUGGCCGAUUUUCUUCCUUAGUUUGACUCUACUGCAAAUAUACUUCCACUAUUUAGCUAGACUGGAUGUACUACCACUGCCGAUAUCGAGUUCUGAAACUGGCUCUACAUAUUUAUCCUAUAGUAAUCGUCGGCCCCUGCUCCAAAAUAGAGUGAUUAUUACUAUGGCUGCCCAAUAUGCAUGCAAAUUCGUCUUAAAGAAUCUGCUAUUAUUUUUGAGUUUUCAAUUUAUUGAUCAUGUUUUUAUUUGGACGGGAGGAGAAUGUAGUUCUGGUAGUGGAACAACAUCAGCUGAAAAAUGUCGCUUAGAGAAAGGGAAAUGGUACGGUGGGUUUGAUAUUAGUGGUCAUUUUUGUUUUCUUGUCAAUAUUAGUAUGAUUCUGUGGAUGGAACUACACUUGUUUAGUAGAUUUGUUCAAGUUGAAGACAUGCUUUGGGUAGUCAAUAAAUGGGUUCGAGCUUGCCUUGUUAUUAUCAGUGUUGUACUAUUGAUCUGGAUCUGCAUUCUCUGGGUUACUGCCAUUUACUACCAUACGAUUUUGGAAAAGGUGUUAGGUUGCCUUAUGGGGUACAUAUGCCCAGUUUUCAUAUACCACAUUUUACCGAGAAUCGAAUUAUUACAUGAUUAUUUGUAUAUAUGA